GACUGUACUAAUAUAUAUACUUCAGGAAGCUAAAUUGUUCCUGGUGUGACUUCCAUCAUUCCAUAACUUCAUGCCUGAACUUGGGAAACGCCUAUAUUUGAAGUGGCAUUAUGUUACUCCCUUUGAUCUAAAUUAUUUGAUUCCACUUUAUCUAGACAAUUUGAAUUGGAGGAAGUAGUAAAAAAAAUCUAGAGUAUGAUAGAUACCAAGCUUGAAAGAUUAGACAUCAGCGGAUCAGCGCGGCCCCAAAGCCCAAAAAGACGAAUUCUCUUUUUUCUAUUUUUUUCAUACCAAUAAUCACUACUACCUCCAUCUUAGGGUGUAAGGCCAAUAUUUUUUUUAGAAAGUCAAACUAUGUUAAGUUUAACUAAGUUUUUAUCAAAAAAAAUCAUAUUUGUUCAUAAAUUUAUUUCAAAAGUUUGUUCAAACUUUAUUUGUCUUAAGCCUUGAGAUGGAGGUUGUAUGACUCUUCUUUUUCUCAACUUUUUUUAAAUCACUACCUGAACGACACUCGUAAAUACCAAGAACAUCAAGGACUAAACUGCACAGCAGGAAGAUCAUUGUUCACUCUGACGCCGCCUCUUUCCUCUCCCCUCUCUGGUGCGAUUGAUCUCACCAGAAAGCCCAGCAAACCCUAGCUCUUGCCCCGACCUCUCAAUCCAUGGCUAGCAGCAACCUCCCCCGUCGGAUCAUCAAGGAGACACAGCGGCUGCUCAGCGAGCCAGCUCCAGGGAUCAGUGCUUCACCGUCAGAGGAUAACAUGCGCUACUUCAGUGUGAUGAUCCUUGGCCCAUCUCAGUCCCCAUAUGAAGGAGGUGUAUUCAAACUUGAGUUGUUUUUGCCUGAAGAAUAUCCAAUGGCUCCACCAAAGGUCCGCUUUCUGACAAAAAUUUACCAUCUGAACAUUGACAAGCUUGGGAGGAUAUGCCUUGAUAUCUUGAAGGACAAGUGGAGUCCUGCCCUUCAAAUCCGAACAGUUCUUUUGAGCAUUCAAGCACUACUCAGCGCUCCAAAUCCCGACGAUCCGCUUGCUGACAAUGUGGCAAAGCACUGAAGGCCAACGAAACAGAAGCUGUGGAAACAGCCAAAGAGUGGACCCUUGUAUACGCCAAUGAUGGAUGAGCUUUGCAUGAUCCGGCUGCUUGCUUGGUAAUACUAUCCACGUGAUGCAGGUGAAGUCGACGGUAGUUGGUUUAAAAUUGAGUUAGAAGGGAUCAAGUACUGAAAUGGGAAAUUAUCCUUGCAUCGCGUGUACCGAGGGUGAUGUAUAUUAUUAGCCUAGUUGGGCUGCGGUAGACCCAGGUACACCUAUAAUACGUAAUUAUUACCGUAAUGAACCCUUUUUCUUCUACAUUUA